UCUCUCACGACCAGGGAAAAGAAGAUCAUCCGCAAAGUCUGGGACGAUUUGAAAGCGAACGACGACAUCGAACACGUCGGCGUGGAUGCGUUCAUGCGAGUUUUCAAGAAUGUCCCGCAAACGCUGGAUUUCUUCAUGAAGUUCAAGUACCACACGCUCGACAAGCUGGCCACCAGCGACACGCUGAAGGAGCACGCGGCUAGCGUGACGAGCUUUAUAGAACUCGCCAUAGACAAUAUGGAUGAUGCCGUGACGUUUUCUAAAAUAUUAAGGGAGGAGGGUAAGAACCACCUCAAACGCCAAAUACCGGAAAUUUUCAUGGAGGAAGUGACGUUAAGUUUCCGUCAAGCCAUAGAGAAAAAUUAUACUUUACAUUGGAAAUUAUCACAUUCAGUGGCUUGGCGGAAAUUUUUUGAAAUUUUUUUGCUUCAUUUUUUAGAUAAAAGUAUUACGCCCUAG